AUGCAACUAUUUAAUGUUUAUGGGUUCACUGUCAACAAUAAUUGGCAGAGAAGAAAUUUUGCGGCAAAUAAUUAUUCAAAUAAAAUCUUUUAUUUUUUUUUUCUUUCUCACUCAUAUUUAAUGACUGAAAAACAAAUUAAGCUAUUGGUACUGAUAUCGGUAAUACUGAUAUUUACGGCACCUGGAGUAUGCUUUACUCGUUAUAUCAACGAUAUUCAAGCCAGCAACGAAAUAUGCCCCAACGACAACUUCUUCCCAAUGAAUGUUGAUCGAUGGAGAAAUGGCGUACAUUUUCAACAUAGAGGACAAAACGUAUGGGGACAGUUGGCAAUUGUAAUAAUUGCACUACUUUUUGCAUUACCACCGCUUGGUCUAAGUUGUAUGCAGAUGGUUACCGGCAGUUCCAUUUCUUAUGCACAAAUAUGUGUUUCAAUGAUAUCGGUAAUUGUAUUCUUGGUACUUGGCGGUGUAGAAACUUGGUAUGCGACAGGUUUUGGCCAUAUGGGACCACUUAUUCGACAAAUUGGUGGUGGCCAAUUUAGCGGUUGUCUGGGAAUUCCAACUUGCGAUAUUGUUUUUGUAGUUAAGGGUUGGGCAGUAUCUGCUGCAUUCUUAUUUUUAUCAGCAGUGCUGUACAUUGUGGAUAUGAUCAUACAGCUGUUGCAACGAGACAAGUGA